AUGAGUGGCACAGAGAGCGGACAUGUGCAGGCGGAAGGGGGGGAACCCCCAGCAGGGAAGAGCGCCUUGGAGAAGGGAGCGCCCUCGAAGGAGAGCAACAACAGCGAAUGUAAAUCUGACCACUGCGAUUACGACUACGACUAUGUGGUGAUCGGGGGGGGGCCCGGCGGAAUGGCGUCCGCGAAGGAAGCGGCGGCGCACGGGGCGAAGGUACUCCUGUUCGAUUACGUGAAGCCAAGCAGCAAAGGAACCAAGUGGGGAAUAGGAGGGACGUGCGUGAACGUAGGCUGUGUGCCAAAGAAGCUGAUGCAUUACGCAGGAAAUAUGGGCAGCCUUUUCAAAUUAGAUUCUACCCAAUACGGUUGGACGUGUAAAGAUUUAAGCCACAACUGGGGGAAGCUAGUUUCCACGGUUCAGUCUCAUAUACGCUCCCUAAAUUUUAGCUACCUGACCGGGCUUAGAUCUUCCCAGGUGAAAUACAUCAACGGGUUAGCCUCCCUGAAGGAUGAGCACACCGUUGCGUACUACCUAAAGGGGGACAUGUCUCAGGAGGAGACGAUCACAGCCAAGUACAUUCUCAUCGCGACUGGGUGUAGACCCCACAUCCCGGAGGAUGUAGAAGGCGCAAGGGAACUCAGCAUAACAUCGGAUGACAUUUUUUCUAUGAAGAAGGUCCCAGGGAAAACCCUCAUCGUUGGAGCGUCUUACGUUGCGCUUGAAUGUGCGGGGUUUUUAAACUCUCUAGGUUUCGACGUGACUGUAGCGGUUCGGUCGAUUGUAUUGCGCGGCUUCGAUUCACAGUGCGCGCUGAAGGUGAAGAAUUACAUGGAGGAGCAGGGAGUCCUCUUUAAAGAAGGAGUUCUCCCGAAGAAGCUAUCCAAAGGGGAGGAGGACAAAGUAGCUGUGCUCUUCACUGAUGGCACCACAGAACUGUAUGACACCGUUUUGUAUGCAACGGGAAGGAAAGGAGACAUCGCCAUGUUGCACUUGGAACGGCUAAACAUUCACGUUGAUAAGAGUGCAAAUAAAAUUAUUACCAAUGAGGGUAGCUGCACCAAUGUCCCCAACAUCUUUGCCGUGGGAGACGUCGCUGUGGAUGUGCCUGAGUUAGCUCCUGUAGCUAUCAAGGCGGGGGAAAUCCUGGCCAGGAGGCUAUUCAAACAGUCGCAAGAAAUUAUGGAUUACACCUUCAUUCCCACGGCCAUUUAUACCCCCAUUGAGUAUGGCGCCUGUGGAUAUUCUGAAGAAAAGGCAUAUGAAGCGUUUGGCACAUCCAAUGUAGAGGUGUUCCUUCAAGAAUUUAACAAUUUAGAAAUUUCUGCUGUGCAUAGGGAGAAGCAUGUGAGGGCUCAGAAGGAUCAGUACGAUACAGAUGUGAGUAGCACCUGCUUGUCUAAACUCGUUUGCUUAAAGAGUGAAGACAAUCGGGUGGUUGGCUUUCACUACGUGGGUCCUAAUGCGGGGGAAGUUACUCAGGGCAUGGCUCUGGCGCUGAGGCUGAAGGCUAGGAAGAGCGACUUUGACAGCUGCGUGGGCAUUCACCCCACGGACGCAGAGUCGUUUAUGAACCUCUCCGUCACGCGCGCGUCCGGCCUGUCCUUCGCCGCCAAGGGCGGCUGCGGCGGCGGCAAGUGUGGUUAG